AUGCCAGUCUCGACCGAGCCCGCUUCCACUACGUCGGCCUCACCUACGACUGUCAUCAUGCAGUCCAACCCAAUCCAGCCUGCUCUUCUACCCGAUCCGCAGCAAGGUGAGCAGGCCAUAGUCGCCUGGCUCGCAAAGCUCAGUGACUUUUGCCACAACCGUCUGCCGGAGCAUCAGCACGAGGAGCGGCCCGAAACGAGCUUUUAUACGUUCUCCAGCAAAGAGGCCGAUGCCAUCAAGCUCCUGCUCGCUUCCUUGAACUGUGACGGAGACAGUAAAGCCGACAAGCGUGUCAUCAAAUGGUAUCCAAACUACGGGUGCUUCCUCAUCCGGGAGCGUCGUGACGGCGUCGUCGUCCUGUUGACGCUCGUCAGCCUCGACGGAUGGACCCUUGAGAGCUCGACCGGUGGUAGUGCUGCCCGUUCCCUCUCCGAAGCUGCAGCAGGUACAUUCAGUCUCAUGUCCUGCGGCCUGGUGCCGGCCGGAAUCGUCACCAACUUGUUGAGUCAAGUCGAUACGUUGCUUAGCAACGCUCACAGUUCUCAAUCGGAGUUGGGCAAGCAUCUGAGCAAAAUCCCUCGCUUCUCUCCCUCCGUGGUUCAUCUUGCCAUCAAGAUCGCGAUCGUGAAGGAAGGUAAAAUCUCCGACAACGAACCGACCUACCAAGGCGGAACCACGGACAUUGGCAAGACCCCAGAUCACCGCCCAAGUCGCGAGACAGCUUUCCCGUUGGUGUAUGUUGCCUGCAUCAACAUCGUUAAAAACGUAAUCUUGGCACAGCGCGUCUUUUUCCAUAUUCAUAUCCACGAUAUCGACCAAGAGAUCGGCGCAAUCGAGGGCCGUCCCGAAACCGGAGCGCUUCGCAGCAGCGUCGACCGUAUCUUCCAUGCCCUCGAGCGAGUUGCCGAGACUCUCUUUGAUUAUCAGCAGCUCGGGCUCGAUAUCAAGCCCGGAGUCGACCGUGUGUCGGCCAUGCGCGGCAGACUCGAUGCCGUAAUGGACUCGUUUGGAAAGACUCUCGAAGCACGCUACAAAUUCGAUGUUCAGUCUCUCGUGUCCAUCACCAAGCAGCCGGAGCUCCGGAACUUUCAAACCAUCACGCGCGCCGUCGCCGACGACGACGCUGAUCCCAGGGCCGCCGACCAUGCCGCCAUCGCCCAGGCCGUUCGAAAGCGUGCCCUUGAGGAGAUCGAGGUCAUUACUCCCUUUUACAUGCCCGGGGCCGACCUCCGACGCAUGUUCAGAAAUGUGCUCAGUUGGAUCCAACGAGUCAAGGGCAGCGGCACCUCCAUUUCCUACAUCAUGGCUCACAUUGAGCACUUCAUGAUGGCCCAAGCGAGGCUCCUUAAAGAGCCUGUCGUCCCAGACGAGUGGAUCGAGGAAGAAGGAGAGGCGCUCCGGUCCCUCAUGGAGGAGUACCAAGCUCUCUAUGCCCAGCGCAGCGCCUUGGCCGACUUUGCCCACCUCCUGUUGCCGCGCCAGAGGAGUCUCCGAGUGCUGGUGACCUGGAUUGCAUUUGCAAUGUUCCACAAGGCCGGGCUCCAGAUCUGUCCGCUGCUGUCUGGCUAUGGAGUGGCGAUCGACUACCACGACCUGCGUGUGCUGGUUCUGGACCAAGACCACGCCCUCGAAGCCCUCGCCCUGGUGACGGAGUACCUGCGAAGUCACGACAUCCCGGAGCGACGGGUCUUUUCGACCCGCCAUCGAGACGACCAGGCGAACAACAACGCCUUUGCCGUCGAGUUUUCUCGCACCUCGAAUGAGAUCCAGGCCUUUUGGAAGCACGAGUGCGACCAGGCCAGCCAGCGUGCUGCCCAGCACUAUGAAGAGGUCCGGAAAAAGGUAAACGAGGCCAACCGCAUCCGCGAGAAGAUCACCUCCACCUCCAGUCGGCUGGCCGAGGCCGAGGAGAUACCCUACGGCAUGAGAACCCACAGCGACGACAACCGCAUCUCGAGCUUGAGUGGCAAUCUCUCGCGGCUACGCAGCGACUUGAACGAGACCCUCAAGACCCCCAGGUCGGUCAUCAACCCGUUCCCUUCUCGCGAGGAUCUGGCCUUGCCGAUCAUAUUCAACUAUUUGAUGCCCAGGUAUCUCGUGAGACUUGCCGAAGCCGGGUUCAUUGCUCAAAAUACCUUGCGCCCAGAAAAUAGCCAGAUCUCUGGAGAUAACAGGAACUUGGUUGAGAUGGAGUGCAAAUUGAGCGAUCAUACAAGUUGGACAUACCACACCAACUCUCGCUCCAAUCGGGCCGCCCAUCUCCCGGGUCUGCCGCGCGUCGUCUAUGCUGCAACUUCGACUAUCCAACCUCCCAAGAAAGUCGGUCCGGCCUCGGUCGACUCGAUUCACUCCCCAGGCCAGUGCUCGUGGUUCCCUGAGCAAGAGACGGUUCUCAUGUGGCGCAACGGCAACCCCUUUGGCCUUUCCAGACACAGCAUCACAAUGGGAUUCAUUGAUGGUAUUGGCCGAGACAUGUCCUGCUUCAGCUGGAUGAUCAGCUACCCUGCUGACCCGAAUGCUCAGAAGGAAUGCGCGCGCGGAAACUAUGCGGUCGCCGAGCUUCACAAGCGUCCCGUAUCCUUGGAGAAGCGCUCGUUCCUUGCGAUGGGAGGCUUGCGGUCGUACCCGCACCAGCAAUUCCGCAAGCUGUUCUUGGCCCUGUCGGACCGAGUCAUGCCCUUGGACAACGAGGCCGCCCAAAGGCUCAUUCGUCAGACGAUCUACCAGGUCGGCGAGCUCUCCAACCACAUUGCCCCCCGAAAUGUCUUGGCCGACUAUGUCGAGGAGAUUGCCGAGAAGCCCCGGGACCACCAGAAGAUCUUGAUCCUGGGUGAGAUAUCGGCAUAUCUGUCCAACUUUGACGAUGCCUUCUGCGACCUGUGUCGGCAGUUUGGUUCCAUUGCCGGCGACUGGGCCAACCAAGCCAAAGACAUGUUCGAGUCAGAGACCUCGACUUCGCUGGCUGUGCUGAACGAACACCAGGGCAGAGAGAGCUUGAUGCUCUGCUAUGCGAUCUUGUGCUCGGUCCUUGGCCGGAUCGCCUCGGUGGAUAUCAAGAACUACUGCCGGUGGGUCGUCCGGCUGUAUUACUGCUCCAUCUUUGUGGAGAACGCCAAGGUUGAAAACGCCGCGGCAAUCCGCAAGCUCAAGACGCAGUGUCGAGAGGCUAUCAGCCGCCGACUGCUCGCCAUCAGUGACCUGGUCAAUGCAAGGCGCAACGAAGCCUUGACCUAUGCCGUCCAGGCUGUCCCGGACAGCGUCGCUUGCUUUGAGGCGGCCCACCAGAGGGACCACUACGCCGUCAAUAUCUUCACCGGCCGCGUUGUCCUCAACGGCAAUCCACCCGGGCGACUUCCCAAGGCCGUUCUCAACGACGACCUCUACAGGCGCUCCUUUGGCAACCGCGACUUUGAGGUCGGUGUCGAUGCAACCGGCCAAGUCUAUCGCUCUGUUCGUACCGUCCACGGACGCUUCUAUGCGUUCGAGCUCAUGCAUACGGGGGUUGCAAUUUACGAAAUCAAGCCGGAUCGAUGCUGCGAAGGGCCUGCGGUUGAAGCCAAUGGGUCGGCCGAAUGGAUCGCCCGGCGUGCGGCCAUCAAUGCUCCUCCCGCCGACCAGGUCCUUCAGCUCAUCGACCCCUCAGCGUCAAGGUCAUGGACAACCACGCUGCCGGUUCGCAUGCUCUCAGGCCACAGCUUCUGGCGCCAUCGAGAGUCCGACUCUGUUCUGGCCAGAGGCGUUCCCUUUGAGGACAGAAAUGUGAGCUUCCUGGCCAAGCCAGAGGGUUGCUUCGUUGUUCCAAGACACGACAAGGCAAAGCCGCUCGCCGAGCUCCUGGAGCUUCAUACAGCCUUCGAUAGGCUUAUCAGCCCCCCUGCGAAUGUGUUGCACACCUUGGCCAAGUUUGAAGACCCCAAGUUCAUCCAUGGUCACAUAUCGCCUGACCACCAGACGAUUCGCAUCAUCAUGCCGCGUCCCGGAGUCUCCUUCACGCUGCGUGACGAUGUACUGGUAUCGGACGCAUACAAGGGCUACAAGCUUGCCGAGCAGCAGCAGUUUGGCGAUCUGAUCCCGAGCUUCCAGCAGUACCUGGUGCUCGAGCGCAUGGCCAAGUAUGGCGUGGGGCCUCGGUACAAGUGGAUCGUUCCCCUCGGCGCUGUGUGCAUCGAAGGCGAUGUGGUCCGCAUCCAAGUCGUGGACAAAAGCUUGGGCACCAUCAAUUGCACAGACUUUGAUGAGCACCAUCGAUUUGGGUUGUUGCAGGCCAGCACCAUCAAUUCCCGCAUUCAACUCGCAGCCAUCUUUGCGGCCGCGGGAACUGCCCUGCCCGAGCCGAGGAUCCAUAUGACUGGGGCAGAAUAUGCAGCGAGGCUGCUGCGUGGAUGCAUUACCAACAACCCCCUGACCCGAAGCGAAGUCGCCAUGAUCCAGUCGAUCGUCGACGUUGCCAGACCCUGGCCCUUCUUGGUUCUGCUGUGCGACCACUUGCUCGUUGUCUCGAGCAGGGUCAGCAUGCUUUAUCAAAAGUAUGCGUCCAAAUCCUCCAUCGAUCACGAUGAUCGACCCGCGGGCUACUAUGAGAUCAUUGGGAGAACCUUUGCCCAGGUCCAGGAAGCCCAGACGGCAUACGAACACCAGGUGCGCUCGGCCCGUGUAUACAACACCAUGAGGAGGGCCCUGACCCUGACUGAAUUUGGGUUUGAUCUCCUCGAUGAGCCUCGGCAUCUGACGCCGGCCGCGACCGAGAUUCUCUCGGAGCUGGAGACCAGCUGGACGAGGUACAUGUCGCGCCGCGAUGUCGUUGCCCGAGCCGAGGCCGAUGAGCUCCUCAGGGAGUUUAUUGCCAGUACACUGCUCCCCCAGGUCACCAAACGCCGCGAGGAUGUCGAAGCCUUGGUGUGGUCCCACACCACCCAUCGGGUCUGCCACGGAUCCGUAGUUUUGGAGCUGUGCAAGGCCGUCAAUUGGAUCCCGGCGGCGACAUUGGCGGAUCUGGUGCGGGCUUCGUUCGACAGGGUCACGCUGGAGCGCCUUGCCCCAACCCUCACACCCGAGUCGGUCGACCUGCUCCAGUCCUGGAUCGUUUUCGGCAUGAAGCUCAGUGUCCUCGAAGACAAGCUCAAUCGACUGCUCGUUUGCGACCGAUCCCACCUUGGACAGGAGCUGAUAUAUAUCCAGCACCCCAUCAAGGACUGCAAUCGGAUGUGGCUGGCCUUUGAGGUCGAGCAAGGCAUUCAGAUCCGCCGAGAGCAGUAUCAAAUGGCAAAGCAUUUGAUCGAGAACCCCGGGUCGAUCUCCCAGCUCAACAUGGGCCUCGGUAAAACGCGGGUCAUCGUGCCGAUGAUGAUCCUCUACUGGAGCGCCCACGCCAGGGAGACUCUGAGGGUCUAUGUCCUCAGGGCGCUUCUGUCUGAGGUCCGCAAGUACUUGCACCGGACCCUUUCAGCAAGCUCGGUGUUUUGCAUCGGCAUUGUCCAUCUGCCCUUCCACAGGCGCGUCCAGACGACCCAUGACACCAUCCAGUGCAUGAAGAGUAUCUGGAAA